UGGUACUACAGUAACUGUGACAGUCGCAGAGCCAAACAAAUACUAUCUCGUUCUCCGACUGGAUCUUUUAUAUUAAGGAACAGUUCCGAUCCGAAAUUUUUAUAUUCGUUAAGCAUACGGACAGAUCGAGGACCUACUAGUGUCAGGAUAAAAUAUUCUCGAGAAUUAUUUCAAAUGGAUUGUGAUGAAAAACUUUUAAAAAUAUUACCACGUUUUGAAAAUGUGAUAGCUCUAGUCAAUUUCCAUUUAACUUGGAGUCAAUCCGACAGUGACACUUCUUGCCGAUUAAUAGGUUCGACCAAAGACAAAUAUAUACCCAUAAAACUUACAAAACCAGUUGUAAACAGUCCCGGAUCUUUAAAACAUUUAUCACGUUUAACAGUGAACCGUUCUAUCAAAGAUAUACAUAUUCCUGCAAGUUCUACAGACUGUUUGCCAAUUCCUGAAUGUCUGAAGAAUUAUAUUAGGGAGUAUAUUUACAAGGUG